AUGAUGAGUUUUUGGACGCAACAUGUAUUGGGAAAUCAACCAGGUUGUCUUUAUAUAUCAGGUUCUCCAGGUACAGGAAAAACUGCCAUGUUAAACGACGUUAAACGACAAAUGUUAAACAACAAUAACAAAACAAAACAUCAUAUCAAUAUUGUUAUGAUCAAUUGUAUGUCUAUCAACGAACCAAAAGCUAUUUACACCAAAUUAGUGACUGAAUUGAAACCAACUUCUUCCAAAAAAUUCCCUAUCAAUGCUGAUAUUCUUGUUCAAGUUGAAUAUCUUUUAUUAAAUACAAAAAAAGAUACAUUAAAUGUGGUUAUCUUGGAUGAAAUUGAUCAUUUAGUAACAAAAGAUCAAGAUGUUUUAUAUAAAAUAUUUGAAUGGGCUUUUUUACCUACUUCUCGUUUAGUCUUGAUUGGUAUUGCAAAUGCUUUGAAUUUGACAGAUUUAUUAUUACCUCGUCUUCGUGCCAAAAAUUGUGAACCUCAAUUACUCAAUUUUAAUCCUUAUAGUGCCAAUGAUAUUUCUGCUAUUAUCAAGGAUCGACUUUAUUCAUUAUCAUCAAAUGAAUCAACAAAAGUAUUACCAUUGAUGCAACCCAUUGCUGUGGAAUUAUGUGCAAAAAAAGUGGCAGCUAGAAAAGGGGAUUUACGACAAGCGUUUGAUCUUUGUCAACAAGCAAUUGAAUUGGCUCAAAAAGAACAUAAACGCAAUCAAAACAACAACGUUUUACGUGAUAAUAACAACAACAAUUCUUCUACUAUGGAUCCAAAAGUAACGGUUCGACAUAUUAGUAUUGUAUCACAACCAGUAACAGGAAAUUCUGGUAAAGACAAGUUGGCUCAUCUUAGUCUUCAACAACAAAUUGUAAUGGCGACUUUAUUGAUUCUCAAACAAAAAAAGAGUCGUAGUACAAUGGCAGAUGUAAGAAAAGAAAUUUAA